AUCUAGGUUAGUUUAAAUUUCGAUGUUAAACCGGCAGUUAGUCAUAGUAUGCUAUGGAUAGUAGCAUAACAUACUCGUCAAGGCAGUUGUUAGUUGGCGGCGAGUUUCGGGACGACUGCAGCUGCAACCAUUAAGACAUUUGCCGUCGAUACUCGUGAUUAUCGCACAAGAACAUAGCUCUUAUUAGCAUAAUUGCCGCCGGUAUACCGCUAUUGGUACCGCAGUACCAAUAAUAUCCCGUCGUGUAUACCGUUUAAUACCGCGUGGUAAUCGCGAUGGCCGCAGAAACCCGCCGCGCAGGUGCGGCGACCACGGCAUUGUUGUUGGCGCUCCUGGUCCAGGCUCCCGGCACCCGGGCCGUCACCGACGAUAUGCUGAAGGUCGCGUGCUCGGAUAUGACGCCCAGACAUACGGGUUACCAGCCGGAAAACGAAAUUGGAGUGCCGUGCCCGUUCCGGCUGACGGUGGACCCGUCAACGCCCGUGGUGCCCGGCAACAUGGUGAACUUGACGCUCUGGUCCCUCGGCAUGGCCACGCCGUUCAAAGGGUUCAUGGUGCAGGCCCGGGACGUCAACGGCCGGGUGCUCGGCACGUUUCUGCCGGAAUGCUGGAACGAGACGCGACAUCACAUGAUCAGCUGUCCAAACGGCGACGAGCCAUACAAUGUAGCGGUUCAGUCAAAUAACAAAUAUAAAUCAAAAGAAACUUUUACGUGGGUAGCUCCAUUAUCACUUGAAGGAUUUAUUCGAUUUAAGUACACAGUUGUAUUAAAUUAUGAGCAUUAUUGGACUAAUCAAGAAACCGAGGAUAUUCCAGUAGCUAAAAUUUCACAGGAGGAAUUUAACAUGAAAAAAUCUAUUAACCCUCAAUACUAUAUUUACAAAUUGUAUAUUCAAAACUGUUUUAGUUAAUUCAAUCUAAUAAUACAUAUCAAAUAGUAAAUUUUAAGAAUAGUGCAUAUAUUUUAUAAUAUAC